CACGGAGCCCAUGAAGGGUAUAGACGGAGACCUUGCCUUGCUUUGGCCACUGCUGCAUCACUCCAAAGCAGCGCGGACGAAUCCAUGAGCCCAGGGAGUGUGACGUGCUCCUUGCGGAUGAACACCUUAGCCGCCUGGUGGCUGAUAUAGAGCUGCAGUUAGACUGGUGUUCAUCACUUUCCUAAGGACUGGUGCUGCUGGAUGCGUGUGUAUCAGAGCUGUAUUUGCCUUCUGCAUUCUUCGUAGCCACUCAUUGUGCAUGCAACAGAGAGGAGAGCAGGCACAAGCCUCAGCCAUACAUUGUACCAGCCUGUAACUACCUGGGAACUACACUAAGGAAGGAGCUGUCCAGCACUUCAUCUCCUGAUCAUGAAAUUCUAUUAUUUCUACCUGCUUGGAUUACUUGUCAGCAGCGGGCAAGCUGUCUUGCAAGUGUCGAUAUCCCUAAGUAAAGUUGAAAUCAGCGUGGGACAAUCCAAGUACUUUACAUGCACAGUUGUAGGAGAGCCGGAAACGAUAGACUGGUAUAAUCCUCAAGGAGAGAAAAUAAUGUCUAAUCAAAGAGUCGUGGUACAAAGGGAAAGCAUCAGAUCAUGGCUUACCAUUUAUAACGCUAAAAUCGAUGAUGCUGGCAUUUACCGUUGUCAAGCUAGUGACUCAAAAGGACAUACACAGGAGUCUACCGUUGUUCUGGAAAUUUAUCAGAAACUGACAUUUGAAGAUGUCAGGUCACCUCAAGAAUUCAGGACAGGUGAAGACGCAGAAAUCGUCUGCCACAUCACCAGCUCGCCGGCUCCUAUGGUCCGAUGGUUGAAUAAUGGUGAAGAUGUAACAGACAUUGAUGACAGUCGAUUUGCAAUGUUAACAAACAAUAAUCUCCAGAUUAUCAACAUAAGUAAGAGAGAUGAAGGCAUUUACAGAUGCGAGGGGCGAGUGGAGGUCAGGGGUGAAAUUGAUUUCCGAGAUAUAUUGGUCAUUGUUAAUGUGCCUCCAGCUAUCUUAAUUCAACAAAGAUCGUUCAAUGCAACUGCAGAUCGACAAGAGGAUAUGACCUUAUUUUGCAGAGCCACAGGCUCUCCCAAACCUCAUAUUAGCUGGUACAGGAAUGGAAGACUGAUAGAAGAAAAUGACAAGUACUCAUUAAGAGAAGACAAUACCGAAUUAACCAUUAAAAACAUUAUAAACAGUGAUGCUGGGUCCUACAUCUGCAGAGCCACCAACAAAGCGGGAUUCACAGAAAAGCAAUCAUUUCUACAGGUGUUUGUGCAGCCUCAUAUUAUACAACUGCACAAUGAGACUACGGUAGAGCACGGUCACGUGACCCUGACAUGUGAAGCGGAAGGAGAACCUGUUCCAGAGAUCACUUGGAAGAGAGCUAGCGAUGGAAAGACAUUUUAUGACGGAGAUAAGAGCCAAGAUGAACGGAUAGAAAGUACAGGAUACCAUGGAAAAUCCUCGUUACGCAUUAAAAAUGUGAUAUUAUCUGAUGCAGGAAGAUAUGACUGUGAGGCAGCGAGCAGAAUUGGUGGUCACCAGAAGAGCAUGUAUCUUAACAUUGAAUAUGCACCUAAAUUUAUUUCAAAUCAAACAAUUUUCUAUUCUUGGGAAAACAAUCCAAUUAAUAUCAGUUGCGAUGUGAUCUCCAACCCUCCAUCAUCAAUUUUCUGGAGCAGAGAAAAAAUUCUGUUGCCGGCCAGGAAUAUAACAAAUAUAAAAACAUACAGAGAUGGGAAGAAGAUACUACUAGAGAUAACGCCAAUAUCGGACAAUGACUUUGGACGUUACAAUUGCACAGCAAUCAAUUCAAUAGGAUCAAGAAUUCAAGAAUACAUACUAACGUUGGCUGAUGUGCCAUCAAGUCCACACGGUUUGCGAGUUAUAGAACUGUCGCAAACAUAUGCCAAAGUAUUUUUCAACAAACCAGACUCACAUGGUGGGGUUCCCAUUCACCAUUAUCAAAUGGAUUUCAAGGAAGUGUCUUCAGAUACUUGGAAAGUUGUCCAUUCACAUGGUACUCAAACAAUUGUUGUUCUUGGAAAUUUAGAAGCCAAUACAACAUACGAAGUCAGGGUUGCUGCUGUAAAUGGAAAAGGACAAGGAGAAUAUAGCAAAAUUGAAAUUUUUCAGACACUCCCUGUUCGUGAACCUAGUCCUCCGUCUAUCCAUGGACAGCCAGGUUUAGGCAAGAGCUUUAAGCUGAGCAUUACAAAACAAGAUGAUGGAGGAGCGCCAAUUUUGAAUUACGUUGUGAAAUACAAAAGUAAAGACAAAGAAGACCAGUGGCUUGAGAAAAAGUUCCUUGGAAAUAAAGACCAUGUUGUUCUAGAACAUCUACAAUGGAAUAUGGGAUAUGAAGUCCAGAUCAUAGCAACAAAUAGACUUGGUCAUUCUGAGCCAACAAUGUACGAAUUUAUAAUGCCGCCAAAACCCAAUAUUAUUGCGGAUACUCUUUUCAGCAGCCUUGGAAUUGGAGCAGUCAUCGGUUUGGCAGUAUCUGCUCUUCUGUUAAUUCUCGUUGUGACGGAUGUCACUUGCUUCUUUAUGAGACAGCGUGGAUUGCUUAUGUGUAUAACCAGACGGAUCUGUGGGAAGAAAAGUGGUUCCAGUGGAAAAAGCAAAGAAUUGGAAGAAGGAAAAGCUGCAUACUUGAAAGCUGGAUCAAAACAACCAAUAGUAGAGAUGAGAACUGAGGAUGAAAGAAUUACUAAUCAUGGUGGGAGCCCAAUAAAUGAACCAAAUGAAACAACACCUCUUACAGAACCUGAGAAAUUGCUACUAAAGGAAGAAAAUGGUAAAGAAGCUUUGAGCGCUGAAACAAUUGAAAUCAAAAUAUCGAAUGAUAUCAUCCAAACAAAAGAAACUGACAGUAAAGCAUAGCAUGAUAACUCCCUUAAUCGCUCACAGAAGGAGAUUGGUGAUGCACACCCAAUGUCAGCUCUCUGCUGCAGACAAUUACUGGCUAAUAUUAGCUGAUGAUUGUCAGUACAAGCGUCCAUACCUGAACAACUCACAUCUACUGUACUUUAAGGUUUUGUUGAUUAAUUUAGUAUGUUUGUCUGACUGAUAACAGUAUAAAUGUAUAAAGUUGAAAAUAACUGCAAAAAUUACUUUAAUUUAUUAUAAAAUAAAGUGUUCUAUUUAUAAAAUAUUUCCCUUUUUCCUCAGUAAAAAAAAAGGUGUCCUGUGGUUGGCUAAUCAGCUAUGCUAAUAUAUAAUGCAUACUUUUUCAUUGUAUUGCUCAUUUAAAUAAUGCUUAAUAUCGGUGACCACUGAAGCAUGCUCAUUGGGUAGAAGCCAAAUGAGUGAAACGUCUACAGAAUUUAAUGCGUUUAAUCGACCUUAUCUGUAUCAGUUGGCGACAGUGAGUUACCAGAUUUUAAAAAAAAAGGAAAAGGAUGUAGGUGUUUGAACUUAAUUUAGAAACAAAGAGUACAGCAAAAAGCACCCUAGCUUGAGGAACCCAGAAAUAUAUGACUGGCAACCUAUGCAUCCUAUAGGUGCAUGACCAUUUUGUUUCUUUUUAUCUUAAAUUUUUUUUAAUUAUAUGAAAAACCCUAAUAUGUCUAAUGUUAUAUUUUUACAACACAAGGGGUAUAUGUAAUAGGUGGGAGGCACUCGAUAUUGCUCUACAUACCGGUGCCAGGAUACCGACAACUAUUCUUCCUUUUGGGGUGUCCACGACACCCCUGGAGGGAGAAUAAAUAGUGUGGCACGCAUAGCACACCACCGUGCCCGCAGCGUGGUGAGCGCAGUGAGCCCGCAAGGGGCUCUUUUGUACUCGCCCAGCUGCUGGCAUUCCAGCGGUCGGGAUACCGGUGCCGGUGUGCUGGGCACCGGGAUCCAGAGCGCCGGUAUAUUGUAGUACACCCGUAAUAGUGUUUAAGUUUGCCCGAGUUGCAGGAUGCCUGCUGAUCUCUGGUUUUGCUUUGUAAAUGAUUGCCGCUUUAAAAAAAAGUCAUCCAGCAAGCCGCACCUCCGGCAAACUCCGACCCUAUUACGUAUGCCCCAAAACGUGUUUUUGUAGGAACUGUAAGUUCUUUGACAGAGAAAAAUGUAGGAUUUUACUUCAGAGCUAUUGUAUGUAGUAGCAUACAAUUUAGUAUCUAAAAUACUGUAGUAGCAGCCGUACAUUAGGUCCCCAUGCAGAGAUACAGUAAACACUAGUUGGCUAGAGGUACAAUAAGCCUGCAUAGCAAGCUCAGAAAUAAAUGCAUAUACUAAUCUGUUUGCACCAGGGGCGUAAGUUCAUCCCCUCCCUUAGGCAAAUUGGAGGUUGGUGACUUCUCCCAUAUGUACAGUAUAUAUAAACUCACUCAACUUACAGAAUUAUAUAGAUAGAUGCUCAGCAGCAUGCAGAAUCAGAGUUCACUGGCGGGUCCCAUCUCACAGUGAAGCAGCAGCGGCAGGUGCACUGGGCAGGAGCCGUCUUGCCCUUUAGUGCAGGUUGUUAGCAGGGCUCCUGGGCGAGAGUCAAUUAACUCUGCAGCAGCAGCGGGUGCACAGCAGUGCUCCAUUGAAAGAGCAGCAGUCACACUUGGAUCCCACUGUGGACCACAUAGGUGCUGCUGUACAUGCAGGUGCCCCUUCAGAGCUUGGAGCCUAGAUGCAGACACCUCCAUUGCCUCUGGGAGUUACGCCCCUGAUUUGCACAGCUGUGGUUUGUCACUUGACACCAUCUUUAGAGUAAACGUGCAAGGAAAUACAAUGUUGUACAUGCGUUUUGUCGACAGUCAAUAUACCGAUGGGAGAAUGCCAUUGUUAUUAUACCAACACAUUAGUAAUGCUACUUAAAUCAUUAUUCAGGAUUAUAACUUUAAACAUGAUUGUAAAGCAUCACGUUUAAAGUUAUAAUGCCAACAGGGUUAACAUUAUUUAAGUAACCUUACAAAUAUUUUGGCAUAUUGAUUGUCAACACAUUGAGCGUCGAUGAUAUGACUUCUUCCUGUGGAAAGUGGUGUAUUAUUGCGUACAUCCUUUCUUGCAUAGCGCAGACCCUUAGACACAUCUUCACAUUAUGAAAACACUGAAGAUACACAGUGUAAACAGGCAUAUAGUAUGUCCAGCACUACACCAGCCUCAAUUUUGUGGACAACCUAAAGUAUUUAUUGACGAGGAGCCAGUGACAUCACUGAUAGGACUGCUUGUUACAUAAAAUAUUAGCUGCAGUCUCAUGAAUAUCAAUGUAGAUGUGUAAACUGCAUUUUCACUGUGUGUGUUGGUGACAGUGGCUUUUGCUAAAGUGUACCGGUGACUUCAAAUUGAUAUUUUUGGGUUAUUAGUACACAGAAUACUACCUAUGUUUCAAUCAUUUCAUUCUAGUGAGGUAUUACGUAAGUAUGUUUAUAGUUACCAUCAGUGAUUACAGUUUAAUCUGUUACUAUAGCUCCCUAUGUUUUGCUGGAAGGUAUACCCUACUGUCAGUGGAGACUGAAAGGGAGGGGGGAGAGAAAGAGAGAGAGAGAGAGAGAGAGAGAGAGAGAGAGUGAGGGAGUGGGCAGAGAGGUAGAGAUAGAGGUGGGAGAGGAAGCAAGAGAGAGAGAGGGAGGAGGAGGAGCGGCAGAGAGGGAGAGGCAGAGGGUGGGUAGAUAGAGAAAGAGGAGGAGCAGAUAGAGGGAGGCAGAGAAGGAGGGAGGGGGAGAGACCAGAGGUGUACACAGAGAGAGAGAGAGAGAGAGAGAGAGGAGUAGAGAUUUCUUGUCAUUUGAAAAAUAAGGCAACACAAUAUACUGUAUACAGGGGCUAAUUCAGGUUGAAUAGCAAAUCGUAAUCUAACCGGAAUUUUUGCGGUGGGCCCGUGGGCGCAUGCACCGUGCCUGUACUGCGCAUGCAUCCGCACUUUCUGUGGGGGGGCCACAGAAAAUGUGUUUGCCUCUGCCUGUCAAUCAGGCAGAGGUGGGGUGAUGCGGGAGUGGGGGCGGCAACACUCCUUUUCCAGAGAGGAGAUGGAGCAUUGCGUGGGCGGGGCGAACCAAACGGUGGGUGGUGCGACGUGAUCAGGGGCGUAUCAGAGGAGUGGUCGUGGCGGCUGCGUGAUGUCACAUGCAGCUGCCGCGACAGGUAAAAUGGCGCCGGGACUCCUGUGGCCACAGCUAAUCUGCGGCGGCAGGAGUCAUCUUUAAUUUCUGCUGACCAGCAGAAAUUGCAAAGCGAUCGCAAUUUCUGCUUGUCAAAGGGGGGGAGGCACCGGUCAGUAUGCUGGGCGGCCCUCAGCAUGAGAGCAAAAGGAUAGCAAAUUCUGCUGAUUAGUAGAAUUUGCUAUCCUUACUGAAUCAGCCCCACAAUACAUUUGCUAAAAAAAUCAUUCUUUAGACUUAACAUUACAGGUAUCUCUUUGACAACUUACAGGUAUGUUUUGAAAUAAUGUAACAAGAUUGUUUUGUAUAGAAGCUUCUGUAGUUCUAUAGAAUAUGUCCUCUUAUUUUUGCUACAACCAUAUAUGCUAGUUUUAGAUAAUGAGAUCAAUUGCAAACAUUAUUACAACUUUUGUUGUAGCUAUAUGGUACGAUAGAUAGAUAGAUAGAUAGAUAGAUAGAUAGAUAGAUAGAUAGAUAGAUAGAUAGAUAGAUAGAUAGAUUGAUAUGGAUAAAGUUACAUGUACAUAUAAAUAUAUAUAUAUAUAUAUAUAUAUGUAUAUAUACACAGUGUAUAUAUACAGUGGUGCUUGAAAGUUUGUGAACCCUUUAGAAUUUUCUAUAUUUUUGCUGAACUGUGGCCUAAAACUACCUAAGAUUUUCACACAAGUCCUAAAAGAUAAAGAGAACCAAAUUAAGCAAAUGAGACAAAGAAAUUAGACAUGAUUUUUUUAUUGGGUUAAAUGAUUCAAUAUCACAUAUCUGUGAGUGGCAAAAGUACGUGAACCUUUGCUUUCAGUAUCUGGUAUGAUACCCUUGUGCGGUAAUAACUGCAUGUAAACAUUUCCUGUAAUUGUUGAUUAAUCCUGAACAUCAUCUUGGAGGAAUUAUACCCCAUUACUCCAUUAAAAACAGCUUCAACUCUCUUAUGUUGAUGGGUUUCCUCCCGUAAUCUGCUCACUUCAGGUCUUUCCACAACAUUUAUAUUGGAUUGGGGUCAGAUAUUUGACUUGGCCAUUCCAAAACUUACAGUUUAUUCUUCUUUAAUCAUUCUUUUGGCAAAUUACUUGUGUGCUUUGGGUCAUUGAGAUGCAGCUCAUAGACAAAUGUUUGGACAUUUUCCUUUAGAACAUUCUGUUGUAAUUCAGAAUUCAUUGUCCUAUCAAUGAUGGCAAGUCAUCCUGGAUCCAGAAAAACAGGCCCAAACCAUGAUACCAUCACCACCACGUUUUAAAUAUGGUAUGAGUUAUAUUUUUCGCUGGAAUGCAGUGUUUUCCUUUCUCCAAACAUAAUGUUUCUAAUUUAACCCAAAAAAACUCUAUUGUGGACACAUCAAUAAACAAAAGAUUGUUCCAAUAGCCUCCAGGCUUGUCCAAAACUGCAGAUGGGUAGCAAUGUUCUUUUUGAAGAGCAGUGGCUUUCUCCUUGCAAUCCUGCCAUGCAUAGCAUUGUUGUUUAGUGUCCUCCUGAUGGUGGACUCAUGAACAUUACAAUUAGCUUAUAUGAGAAAGGCCUUUAGUUGCUUAGAGGUUAUCUUGGGUUCCAUUGUGACCUUGCAAACUAUUAGACACCUUUCUCUUGACGUGAUCUUUGUUGGUCGACCACUCCUGGGGAGGGUAAUAAUGGCCUCCAUUUAUGCACAAUCUGACUGUUGAUUGGUGUAGUCCAAACUCUUUAGAGAUGGUUUUGUAACUUUUUCCAGCCUGAUGAUCAUCAACAACUCUUCUUUUGAGGUCCUCAGAAACAUGUAUUGUGAACAUCAAACUUGAUAGAUCCCUGUUCUUUUAAAAAGACAGAUGGUCCACUCACACUUGACUGUCAUCCCAUAGAUUGAAAAUACCUGACUCUUAAUUCACCUUCAAAAUAUCUGCUAAGCCUAAAGGGUCACAUACUUUUGCCACUCACAGAUAUGUAAAAUGGAUCAUGUUCCUUAAUAAAAAAAAUAAGCAUGUCUAAUUUUUUUGUCUCAUAUGUAUCUCUAUAUCUACUUUUUGGACUUGUGUGAAAAUCUGAGGUAGUUUUAGACCAAGUUUCAGCAGAAAUAUAGAAAAUUUUGAAGGGUUCGCAAACUUUCAAGUACCACUGUAUAUUAACCUUUCUGAGGCACUGGGAAAAUAGUGCUUUGUAAAGCAGCAUUGCUCUACAAUACCAUUGUUGCAACAAAGUAAACAAUAUACAAAGCAUAUACACAGAGUUGUGACUGUUUGCCAAGUGGUUGUAGCAAUUAAAAUAGAACAUGAGUUGUGACAUCCUGGACUACUACUGUAUCUUUUUAAAUACUUGUAUAUACUGUAGGUUAUUACUAAUAACACCUCUAUGACCAGAAGUAUUUUAUAUGUUCCUGUCCACAGCCCUCAUCUCAUUUUCUUCCUAUUUUUGUUCAACUCAGAAGUAAUUUUAAUCGGUUUAUGUACCCUACUAAAGCUACCACAAAAUUACUUAAUUCUUUUUCAUUUUAAUGUAUUUUUUUUACCAAGUGAGUCUGUCGCUGUUCCUAAGUAUUGCCACAUUUAAAUAUUUAGGAGAUUUAUCAAACAUUCUAAAGAGGACACAUGAAGACAUUGCCCAAUCAGAUCCUAGAUAACAUUUAUCUAGCACAUUCUUUAAUAUGAAAGGUAGAAUCUGAUUGGUUUGCCAACAUUUCCACUUGUCCUUUUUAGAAGGUUUUGUACAUCUCACCGUAGUCUUACCUGUGUCUGAUUUCAGUAGACAUAUCAGUCAUUAUUAAUUACAAUACACAAUGGAUUUGUAAUUGCUGAUAAUAAUCAAGACAUACUGUAUAUGAGACAGAUAUUCCUCAUAGCUAAAAUGUCUUUCCUAACAGUAGGGACUUUCUCGGUCCAUUCUGUCACAUGGAACUAUACAUGAGUUUAGCAAUACUUCCAUUAAACCCAAGGCUAUCAUCAGCAGACACCUUGCAUAAGACCACACACUCUGGCAUUUGUUGGCGAUACUGAGCAGAUGUAAAUUUAGGUCUGCUCAUCCAAAAGUUCUAGUAGUGAUUUAGGAACAAUACAAGGUAUGUACUUAACUGAAUCCCAAAUAUUUAAAACAGUUUUUAUGUUCAUUUGCAAUAAUUGUGAACAUAGACGAUUUUCUUUAGAAGUAGUUAAUUAAUCCUGUAUAUUUUUUUUCAAGUUUUUUUCAAAGUUCACCUCUAUUUUUAAUAUUUAAAUGCUAAUAUAGACAAUGGAGAUAAGAUAUUGGGCCUAAUUCAGAGCUGAUCAUAGCCGUGCAAAAUUUUGCUCAGCUAUGAUCAGCUACCCUGACAUGCGGGGGGAUGCCCAGCACAGGGCAAGUCUGCCCGCAUGUCUGGCCCUCCCCCCGCCAAAUGGGUGCGAUAGCAUCACAUGGUGGUGAUGCUAGGGCAGCCAGCAAGUAAGUCUUUUUGCCACGUCCCGGGUCAUACGGGCUGCGUGUGACAUCAUGCAGCCUCCGCGGCCCUCCCCCUCAUGGUCUGUGCAUGCCUGCAUUGCCCGGACCGCGCCCACAAAACGGUGACCGAAUACCACCGGCCCGCCCCCUCCCCCCCAGCGAACGCCUCUGCCUGUCAAUCAGGCAGUGGCAUCGCUGGGCUGAGAUGCUGAUCAUAUCUCUGGCAUGCACAUGCGCACUGCGGCACAGUUCAGACCUGAUUGCCCGCUGUGUGAAAACGCAGAGCAGCGAUCAGGUCUGAAUUAGCCCCAUUGUACAAUGCGUUUACAUUUGUUUAGCAUAAGAUAUGUCUACAUGCAAGCAAAAAUGACCAAAACAAUGAAAGCUCCAUGCUAUUUCUUGCAAAAUGUAUGUAUUUAUGACACAGUUGAUAUAAAGAGCUGUGCAUUGCAAUCAAAUUCUCCUGUGAGCACAAUGCAUAUCAUAGCAGUAACUAAAAAUAUUUCUAACCCUAUAAUUUUCACACAUUUCUACGUAAGUGUAGUUAAGUCAAUGGAAGAUUUAGAGAUUUUUUUACACUCAUGACAGAAACAAAUACAUUACUAAUUACUAAUUCUAAGAAAUACUAAGGGAUAUUUCUUAGAAUUGGCCUAGGUAUUUUUGUGCUUCAUUAAUCUACCCACUAAAUGCAAAAUUGCAAGUUCUGCCUCAUAUGAGAAGACAUUGGAUUUGAAGUUCUGUGAAGAAAUAAACAGCAAUAAUCUUAUUUUUAGUUGGCCUUUUACAUUUAGUAAAUCUUGAAGACAAACUUUAACUUCUUAGAUAAUUUUUUAACUCAUUUAAUCUGAUUGCUUUUAAAUAUUGGUUAUUUUCUGAAACUAGAGUGAACUAAUAUUAAAAUAUACAGUACAUUGUUGGCCCCUUAGACCUGGAUUUUGGGCUCAACCGACUCUUCUGUCUUUUGCAGGAAAGUAAUAAAAACAGUUUUUUAAAAAAAAUCUGAUUUUUCAGUGAUUUUGCUGCAAUAUUUAAGAAGCAUUUUUUUAAAGGCAAAACCAUCCUUUUUUUUUAAAUGUAUUUAUUGGAAAAUUUUCAAACAGUAUACAGAAAUAAGAAAAUAUACAGGAAUAUACAAUGCAAAUAAAUACAGCGUUAACGGAAGUGAAUGACAACAACCAGACUUUUUUUUGUCAGCACAGUACCUUCCUUUGCCACAUAUGAAAUUAAAUAUGGACUAUGUACAAAUGAUUUAACAUGUACAAAUAAUUGUUUCAAAGCAAAACAUAAUUGAGGAACUCCAGUAUCAAAUGUUGGAUUAGAAUAAAAUGCAUACUGUACAUUACCAACAAUACACAGUAUGUUUCAAAGUAAUCAUUUACCAAUAAGGGAUAUUGUUGGUUAAUGCACAUUUUUAACUUUUUGUUUAUUCAGGUGAACAAAAUCAGUACUUAGUUACAGUAGACUUAGACAUAGGAGUAUGAAUAAAAUAAUGGGACAAUUAUUUGAAAUAAAUUGUAGAUAAUCACCACAAUGACAGCAUGGCUUAUUGAUGCAACUGUGAUGUCAAACAAAUAUGAGUAGUUGUAUUAGGAGGUAAGUUUUAAAAUGAAUCUCGGUAUCGCUGUUUUAAUUUUCAAAAGUUGAAUGAAGGACAGAAGGAAAAAGUUAAUUAUAAAUGGAAUAUGCUUAGACUAGGAUAAGUUAUUCUUUGUGCACCACAGGAAUCAGUACUGGACCAUUUCCUUGUACAGUACUUUUUAAAAAAAAAAUAUUAAUGAACUUUUAGAUUAUACUAAGGUAUGUUAUUAACACAUAUGAUAACACAUAUAAUAUUUAUAAUAUUAACUGCUACAGAGAGAUUUAAACCAGGCUGUUGAAAAUUAAAUGUAAUGUAGAUAAAUAUAGCAUGAAACAAGGAUGGAGUAAUAUAGUGUUAUGCCAUGAGUCCUCAAUAAUACCUAUACUACUUAAACAAUUAAUUAAAUAUUGGGGAAACAGUGAUGGUAAAUGACCUAGGAAUACUGACAAAGUUAUAGUGCACAGUGUCAGGCAGUAGCUGCAAAGGCAAAUAAAAUCGUACAAUACAUAAUAACAGGGAUAAACUCACGUAAUAGAAUAUAGCAUUAUCAUUGUGUAAAUCACAUCUUGAUUAUAGAGCACAGUUUUAAGUACCUCACAUAAAUGGGAGUUCAGAGUUUCAUUUACUCAUUAAUGAAAGGAGUGGCAGUGAUAAAUGAAAGGAUUAAAUUCUAAAGAGAAGUUUGAAAAGUAUCUGUGUUUACUUUGGGAAAACCACAUCUGUGGGCAUCCUCAAUGGAGGAAAAGAAGUUUGAACAUUAACCUAGUACAGGUUCUUCUUUAUAACAAGAGUAAGCUGUGGAAUUCCUUACACAGGAGGUGAAGAUAGCAAAUUCAAUAAUAGAAUAUAAAAAAAUGCUGCCUUUCUUACAAGAAAACAGUAUCUGUAGCUAUAUUUAGAAGAGGAUAUCAUUGGGUGCUUGAUCUAGGGAAAUUAUCCAAUUUCUGUUUUUUUGUCCAGGAAAGAUGAUGGCAAUUGUUAAAUGUUGGGUUUUGUUUAGCAACCUUCUGCUUCAUGUCAAGUAGAAUUUAGGAAAAUUUCAAUUUGGUGUACUCAGUUUUUAUUCAGUCUUACUAAUGAAGUAAAAACAAACAAAGAUGUAUGUAUAAGCAGUGAGGUUUACAUUAAAAUAUGAAAUCUGAGAAGCCUGGUUUUUGGAGAAAUAUAAACAAUUUGUUCCAAGACCUACGUCUCUUGCAGCAAUUUUCUACCAGGAUUGUCUAUAUCUUGCUUCAAGUUGGUAUUAAGGCUUUGAAAUCAUCUUAUAUUCGUCCCCUGAUUGAUGCUUUUCAUAAAUCUUUUAUUUUUUACUUGUUUUGACUGAUCUUCAUGAAGAUUUUGUUUUCCAAAUGCACUAUCCAACAUUUGCAACUAUCACAGACAGAGAGAUCUAUUUAUUUUGCAAUGAAUUAAACCACUUCAAUAGUGCACAGAAAGGACUUAAAUCAAUUAGCAAAUUAGGUAUGGUAGACUAUUAUGUUAUAAAUUAGUGUCUGGUUUUAUGUUUUUACUUCAAAUUAAAUGAAAGCUUUAGCGGGCUAUUCAUUUUUUCCAUUACUGUGCAUAUAUGGUUGUGAACACCCAUUUAAAUUCGUAUUGAUUUCAUUUUGUGAGAAAAUAACAUGUGAAACAUGCCAAAAGGGAAUGGAUAAUUCUAUAGCCACUGUAAUUGAAUAAUCCCAAGUCUUUCAUGUUUGGACUUUUGGUUCUUUAUUUGUAGUCCAAAGCUUUUAUCAUGGUUGCAAAAUUUUUCAGCACUUGAAAGUUUUGCUUAAUAGAGUACUUUGAUAAUACAUGGAAGUAUGCAUUAUAUGUUAGAAUAGCCUUUAUACAUUUAAGAUAUAUAUUAGAAUGUUACAAUGUAAACAAGACUCUCGUGCUUUUACUGCUAUUGAAUGUUACCACUUGUGCAAUGGAAUUAGACUCUAGCUACAGUAACUAGCAUAGGUAAAGUUUCUCUUUUGGAAAGCUAUGUUUCUAUAUGCAGUAAAGGCAUGCUGAAACCAGUGCAGAAGCAUUUUAUGGAAAGAAAAUAAUGUUUCAAUCUCUUCAUGUAUAUUUUUAAUGUCUCCAGGAGGGAGACGCUUUAUAGUAACUUGUAAGAUAUGUCAAAACUGAAAAAAAUAUUCUUACAUUUUUAUAUGAUAUUUACACAGAUCUGUAUAACUAUCGCUUAUCUUGUCAAAAUGUGAUUCCAAAUUGUAUCAUAUGUUCAAGUUGGUUAUUUUAUUCAAUACAUGUUGCAAUUAUUAGAGUUCUGAUGAUUAUGGCAAAAGACUUACAAUGUUUUCCUACCUUCGUAUCACUUUCACUUGUUGGCUUUGCAUUUACAAAACGUGUUUUUUUUUCUUUCUAGUCUCCUUCCAUGUGUUUCAGAAAUGUAUUUAUAUCAUCUGACAGAGUUGUUUAUGAUAGUGUCCCUGCAGUACAACACAGUGCUGCUGUUUGGGCACAGCUGUAUUCAAUGCAGAGAGCACAGAAUACAGUAAUGCACAUACAGGGUCCAACUGGCCCACAGGGGUACCAGGGAAACCACCGGUAGGCCCUACUGCCUGAGGGCCCACUCCUUCCUCUAGGGAUCAUGUUCCAGACUGUGCACUUGUAUUAUACAUGGUAGAUAUGUUGCAUUACACUGCACUAAAUUAUUGGGUAUUUCAAGCCUCUGUGGAGGCUGGCCACACCCCCUUUGUAGGCUGGCCACACACAUAAGUAUAGGCCCCUAUCAUUGCAUUCCCCGGUGGGCCCUUCAUGCCCCAGUCCGACACUGUGCACAUUUAUAUGGGUUCUGUGUAUUAGAGUAUGUCAACAUUGACCAUGUAAACAGGCAUAAUGUUGACAUAAAAAUGUUUACACAGUGAUGUUGACAUUGAGGAAAUUUUGAUAUGGUCACAAGGUCAAUACUACAAUUUUAAGGUAUCCCUAACCCUAAUGUUAACCCCAAAUCUAACUCUAACCCUCAAAUAUAGCCCUUAUGCCAUCAUUUUCACUAUGUCGGCAUUUGAUAUGUCAACAUUCUGUCCAUGCUGACAUUUUCCAGAUGUUAACAUGUUAGACACUGACAUUUUAAUUAAGGCGGCAUCAUAACAGUUGACAUUAUGAAUGUCAAUGUAAUAAACAUCAACUUCCUGACUGCAUAUGUCUCUGACUGUAAUAUAUAAAUGCAUAUAUAAAGCACCAAAUGCAACUACAUUUGUCAAUUUACGGAUGUACAGUAGGUACGCUCAUCUAGCCUGCAGCUUGCUGUAUUUGUGGCAAGCCAGGCAAGUGUGCCUGCGACUAGGAAGGUGCGUGUGCAUCUAAGUGCAUGUGCCCAUAGGAAUACAUAGGCGCAGUGGUGGAUCUAUAAUGGGUGCAGUGUGUGCGGUGCACAUGAGCCCCUGGAUCCAGAGGGUGUCCACACCGCAUUUCUUUCAUACUUAUCUUCUGGUGUCCAUAUGUGGGCUCCCUCCUCUCCCGAGUCCAAAAGCUGGCAAUGCUGUUAGCGUUCUAAGCGAGCACUAUAGAUUCUGGCACAGUGCCAGAGUGUACAGCGCAUGCGCAGGUCUCCGAAAAAA